CCCAGCUGCAGUCUCACUGUCCCCAAGCUGAUCCUGCCUCAUGGCACCAAGGGCGCUGGCCCUCAUCCUGGGUUGGUGCCUGGUGGCAGCAAGUAGGGCACAGCAGCUGCCCCAACCCUCCCUGAGGCUGCACCCCAGCCAGGGGGUGUCCGUGGGGGACAAUGUCACCCUGAGAUGCCACCUGCCCCAGCCGGCUGCCUGGGUCUGGCUGUACCAGGAAGGAGGUUGGACAUACAGCAAGAGCAAGGACAAGAAGCAGGACGCAGCUGAGUUCUCCUUUGUCAGCACAAAGCGGGAACACGCAGGUACAUAUUGGUGCCAGUACAGGGUGUCUGAGUCAGCAAAGUUAUCAGAGAAGAGUGAUCCUGUGGAGCUGGUGGUGACAGAUCGGAGCUUCCCACCACCCAGCAUCUCCCUUCACACCAAGGAAAGUGUGGGAAAGGGGACAAAUGUCACCAUAUGGUGCAGGAACAAGGCUUUUGGGGCCACCUUCCUCCUGCACAAGGAUGGGCACUCAGCCCCAGUCCAGCACCAGGACUCU